UUAUUUAAGACAGUGGGUCGGUGCGUGAGUGAAAUGUCAGGCUCUAAGUUGUUUUUAAGCAGAUGGCACAGUGAAAUACCAAAGUUCGUGUCAUUUGAAAUCAUUUGGCAUUGAAAUCCGUACGAGAAACAUUGAAUUAGGUGAACGCAUGCACUUCACGAUUGAAAUAGUUUGUCUUAAGGUGUUUGUGUUAAGUGGACCAGUCUACUGUAAAUAUGGCUGUUAUUUAUAGGCCAUGUGUAGUUUUAUUUAUCUUUAUAUAUUUUUUUUCAAACUUUGUGUGCAAAAAUAUUAACUCAGUUAUAACGAUGUGCCUUUCGUCAUGCAUUUUUUGGCAGGGCAGAUCUUAGCCAGGAGGAUAAAGAUCAAUGGAUCUGUUCCUUACUUUCCUGCUUUUUGCAGUACUAGGGACAACGUAUGUGUGCAGUAUAUACGCUGAACUGAUCAAAGAAGAAAACGGAAAACCCGCCAAGUGGUCCGACCUGACCAUUACAGAAACCCAAGUGGAAAAUGAUGUAGGGACUCUAUUUCUUAACAUAGAAGAAGAAAGCAAUUCGUUAGAAGAAUUUGCUGAAAAAGUCCUUUCGGCCUUCACACCAACCAGAAAGACUUCCGGGCAUGGCCUCUCCAUAAAACAAGUGCAUUCCAGCCAAGGUAGACGGAGAAGACAAAUCUUUGGAGAGGACAACCGAGUUAAUAUGCGAACUUCUCUCGAAGCUCAGAUGUAUCCGUUCUCCACUGCAGUGAUGCUUUCUUCCGGUUGCACUGGCACGCUCAUCGGGCCUGAGCACGUGUUGACAGCCGCUCACUGUGUACACGACGGCAAAAGACACUUAAAAAUUGCCAAACGACUAAAAGUUGGUUUGCUCCAGCGAUCAGGAAAGUUCCACUGGAUCCAAGUGAAGAGAAAGUUUAUACCUAAAAAGUGGAAGAAACAGACCCAAACAAAAGAGAGGCUGAGAUACGAUUUUGCAGUUUUAAAACUGAAGCGCAAGCACUCAAGAAAACACAUGUCCGUGCAGAUAAGCAGUCUUCUUCCCGGUUCGAAAAUUCAAUUCUCUGGUUUUCAUGGUGACAAAUGGUACAAUUCAUUGUGGUACACAUAUUGCUCUGUAUACAGAAAAGCGAACGACAUGAUUCUCAACUUUUGCGAUGGAGUUAGAGGCGUCUCCGGCUCUGGAGUUUACGUAAACUCCCCUAGUCGCCAUGAGAGUGCGGUAGUUGGAGUGGUUUCGGCAAUAGUUCGCGGAAAAGUCAAAGGCAAAGAGUUCAAAUUUAAUGUUAUUAAUUCCUUUACCGGCACUAAGGUACGGCAGAUCUCAAAGUGGGUCCGGCGUUAGAAAGAAUAGAAAACAGUCCACAGAAGCAAUGGAAUCGAACAUUCUUUUUUAAAUCGAAACGGGAAGCGACAGUUUGUUUCAGUAGUCUCGAUACAUUGGUUACAACACAAAGUUUACCACAAAGACACAUUACUAGCAACUCAUGAACAACUGUUUUCUCCAUGAUAGUUAAACAAUGUCACACGAAUUUCCCAAGACGACGAGCACUUACCUUGAUCAAGAAUAGAAUGCAUUGAAACUCAUUCGUUUCACAACUUUUCAUAUCCGAGCGAAGAAGGCUACAUGAACGCUAUGUACAUUUGUUAUCAGUUAUAAUUGGAAAAAAAGUUUCCGUGACCUUUACAUCUUUAGAAUUGCGCUUUAGUGAAUUACGUUCUAUUUAGGUUUGUAUAAAGGUUGAUGUUGAUUAAAUGAAGAUUAUUGUAGCUUUAAGUUUUCCCGUGACACUCACAUGUUGCGCUGGAACAUCACAUAUACAAUCCGCAGUAACUGUUUUUACUUCACAGCACUUUGAUUAAUUAAAUAAAAGACGCUUUCAGCCUAUAUAUUUGCUUAUCUCACUUUCUAGAACUUGUUUUCAAUUAUGAUCAGUUAAAAUGCUACUUGUCAAUUUAUCAUGUUAUGAAACAGGCAUUAUAUGUCAAUUGGUAAUCCUUAAUAAGGGAAAGGUAAUAAAUGCAACAGAAAAUAUA